AUGUCGGGUAAGGAAGAAAUUAGGAGCCUUUUGGCCGAAGCGGCGAAAUUCUAUGCUGCUAAAGACUACGAAACAUCGACAAAUUUAUAUUCGGAGGUCAAUGCGAUACAUGACGCGUUGACGGGCGAGAACAAUGCAGAUUAUUUGUAUCUGUACGGAAAAUCGCUGUACCAGCUGGCGCUGAGCCAAUCAGAAGUGUUUGGUGGUGAUGGAGAAGAACAAGAGGGAAUCGAAGGCGAUGACGCUGGAUCCGAUGGGGAAGAAAAAAACGAGGCAAGUGGACAUUUGUACCAGUUCGAUGAAACAGUAGCAGAGGAAGAAGAAGAAGACGUACGGGGGGAUGAUAACGGUGAAAAGGAGCAGAAGGAGGAACACAAUAAAGAAGAAGAAGAAGAAGAAGAAGAAGAAGAAGAAGAAGAAGAAGAACAACAACAACAACAACAGCAGGAUGAGCCAAAUGACGAAGUCCAGAGUUCAGAUUUCGAGAACGCAUGGGAAGUGCUAGAAUUGGCGCGCUCAAUCUACGAGAAAACGCAGUCGCAAGACCAGGAAGUAUUGGAGAAACUUUCUGAGACCUACAGCAUUCUCGGGGAGAUCUCUUUGGAGACGGAAAACUUCGGCCAGGCCACACAGGAUCUCACAAGGUGUCUGGAGCUUCGUAACCAAGCGUACGGUGCCGAGGACCCGACAAACCGGUUGGUCAUCGAAUCUCACUACAAGUUGUUUUUGGCGCUGGAGCUUGACCCAUCGCAAAGCGUGGAAGCUCAGGAACAGCUGGAAAAAGCCAUACAGUUGCUAGAAGCGCGAAUCAAAGCCGGAAAAGCAGAAAAGGACGAUCAAGGGCUGCUGGAGGAGUUGAAACUGAAACUCAAAGAGCUCAAGACCUCACAACAAGCGCUAGACGUCCUAAACAAGGCAAGUGUGGCCCAAAUCAAAGAGGCACUCAUGGGUGGUGGUGACCUCAGUCUAAACAAACCUGCCUCCAUAAACGAUCUGACCUCAAUGGUGAAAAAACGGAAACCCAAGCCGCAACCGAGUGUGGAACAAGAUCCGAAGCUUAAAAAACAGAAGAAAUAG